AUGGAGGGGGCAAUGCAGACUGAAUCGAAGAUCCGGGUUGAUUCUGGGACAGAGCACGGCCCUCGGGGCCCCGGCUGUAGCCUCCGGCACUUUGCCUGCGAACAGAACUUGUUGUCCCGGCCUGAUGGCUCUGCCUCUUUUCUGCAAGGGGAUACCUCUGUCCUGGCCGGCGUGUAUGGGCCAGCUGAGGUGAAGGUCAGCAAAGAGAUCUUCAACAAGGCCACGCUGGAAGUGAUCCUGAGGCCGAAGACUGGUCUGCCUGGCGUAGCGGAGAAGAGCCGGGAGCGGCUGAUCAGAAACACAUGCGAAGCAGUGGUACUGGGAGCGCUGCACCCCCGCACCUCCAUAACUGUGGUGCUGCAGGUCGUUAGCGAUGCUGGCUCUCUCCUGGCCUGUUGCCUGAAUGCCGCCUGCAUGGCCUUGGUGGAUGCCGGUGUGCCCAUGCGGGCCCUCUUCUGUGGGGUCACUUGUGCUCUGCACUCUGAUGGGACCCUCAUGCUAGACCCUACUGCUAAACAGGAAAAGGAGGCCCGGGCAGUCCUGACCUUUGCUCUUGACAGCGUGGAACGGAAGCUGCUGAUGUCCACCACCAAGGGGCUCUACUCCGAUGCCGAGCUCCAGCAGUGCCUGGCCGCGGCCCAGACUGCCUCCACACACGUCUUCCGCUUCUACCGGGAAUCGCUGCAGAGGCGUUACUCCAAGAGCUGA